GUCAUUAUUGACGUAAUUAUGUCAAAUUAAUUAUACGUAGAAAGAAAAUUGCAGUUACUCAAUUAUUUGCGUCGCCAUAGCCAGGGCGAGGCUAUUCUAGAGGUUUUUCUAAUUUUUCGUCGGUUCCGACGACUAAGGGAGUCACCUGCUCCCGUUCGCACUUUCGCGACUUCAAAUCCCCGUCAAACUUGCUUACUGGAGCUCGUGUAUACCUAAGCAAUUUUUUUCUCGUUCGUGUCGCAUAAACAUGGCUUGUUAAGAUGUCUACCCUCAAAGUUCGCAUUGCUCAAACUCCUUUUGGAGGAGCAUCAAGCUUCCGAGUAAUCCGCCCCUUAAAUACUAGAUUAAGUCGAGAUGGAGAAGAAAGGCAAUCGCAACCCACUAAGUUCUUGCCGGGCCUCUGCUGGCACUGACUUGAAGAAGAAUACUGAUGCGGCGUCCUCAAAGCAGGGAGCUCGUGCUGCCCCACGGCGACGUGAGCCUCCAGGAGGCUUUUCCAAACUCAAUGAGACCAACCGGAAACCCCAAUCUCAACGCAAUGGCAAGGCCUCAGAUAAACGACCCAAACCACGUGGUUACUAUUACACUGGUGCUGUAUCUAGAAAUGAGGAAGCCUGCCUAGUAGAUUUUCUUGAGCCAGAAUUGGGUUCAGUUUUUUCACCAGGCAGCAAAAAGCAAAGCCUGAACCAUUUGUUGAACUUUUCAUUUGCACCCCGAGAGAAUUCUUCGGGUUUUCCACACGAUCAUUCGUUUGAUAAACAGAAUGGAAAAGGAUUGGGAACUAAAAAGCAUCGGUACAACAAAAAUCAUUACCUGCAGGCUAAUUGCCAGUUUAUUGUUAAUGAGAAUGGCGACUACAGGCAGUAUAUGAAGAAUCCGGAUGUCUUGGUUGAUUGGGAUUUUAUUGAACAAGUGAACGUGCAAGUAAGUGAGGAACCAUUUUGCCCCAUCUGUCUGGAACGACCAAUUGCGGCAAAAAUGACAAAGUGCGGUCACGUCUACUGCUGGUCUUGUAUUCUCCACUACUUGGGAAUUUCGGAGAAAGAUUUUUGCAAAUGUCCUAUUUGCUCUGAUGAUGUUUUGAAAAAUGACCUUAAAAGUGUUCAAGUAAUUGCCCACAAGACCUACAAGCUGAACGACUUUAUCGGCUUCAAAUUAAUGAAAAGGCCACGGGGCUGUUUGACUGCCUAUCCAGUUGAUGCCGUAAUUCAGCCAGAUACCAGUAUUUUGAAUAUAUCUCAGAAGAACGAGGACAACACCUGCUCGAAGUUGUUUUUGGCCAACAAGGGUAACAUCUUGGAAAUUCUGGACCGAGAGAAGGACGAGCUUGAUUGCCUGUUAGCCCUGGACGAGGGAGGUUCGGAAAAAUGUUUCAUUGAGGAAGCCCAACAUCUUUUAGAAGCCAGGCGAUUGGGCGUUUUAAAUAGCGCUGAAGCCCACACUAAUGAAGUAACUAAUUAUCAAGAUGACGCUUCCUGCUCUGAGUUCAAUGAAGCUUCUGAAUCAGAUUUUUACUACUUCUAUCAAGCUGAAGAUGCCCAACAUAUCUAUUUGCACGGCCUAAACGCAGCAAUGAUCAAGCACACUCAUGGUUCUUUGAAAUGUGGACCAAAGCAUUUGAAAGGUCGAAUUUUGGAAAAAGAAGGUGGUUGCAUGACUGAAGACAUUCGUCAAAAGUAUAGAUACUUAAAACACCUGCCUGUUACUUGCCAAGUUGAGUUCGCUGAGAUUUGCCUGAACGAGCCUGAUGUUAAUGCAGAUACGUUGGAGCUGUACAAAAAGCAAAUCGACUACAGAAAGAAGAAACGGCAGAAGCGUCUCAAGGAUGAGAAACGCCGGGAAAGGAAAAUCGACGCUGAAGAAAACCGGAAAAUGGGGAUUUAUGUCAGCCCUGAUUUGCAGCUGGAAAAUCUAGACCAUUUUCCAGAUGUUUACACAGCUAAUGAAAUGCUAGAAUCCAGGCAACGAACUACUUCGGAUUCUACAUUUUUUGGUCAUCUUGAUGUCGACACAACUUCAGGCCAAGAUUCUCCUACUUCCAACACCAGCCUUGAUAACGCCUACUGUGGACCGUCUUUUGCAACUAUGCUUGCUACAGAAAAGAAAACGAGUCCGAACCAAAGAGCUUCUGCCAAACCAAUCACCUACUAUUCUCCAUCUUCUGAGGAUUUCGAACAAAAGACCGAUUACAGCCUCACCAUAGGCGAUGCAGUUGCAAAAGCGCUGGAAAAUCUACAAGAAGGAGGUGCUUCUGGUUCAGGUAAGAAGAAGAAAAAAAAGCAUAAGCUCGUUUACUCCACGCUCAUGACUCUUCCCAACUAGUGUUUGUUUUUUUUAAAUUUGUGAACACAUUAAAUUUUGUAUCUUAUUUAGAUUAUGUUUUCUGUAAGUUUUGUUUCACUUCUUGUAUUCCUUAUGCGGUAGCUUAUCUUAAUAAAGAGAAAAUAGUAAA